ACCGGAGGAUCUAUGGGACAUUUUCGCAAAAACCAUGGCAGCCAACAAAAAAGGCUUCCACGUCACACCUUCAAAACUCGACUUCAGCAACCAGUUUCUCCUCCAGCUCGCUACUCCCUCCCAGUGGACAGACUCUCUGCACAUGGCUGUCCUAAUGCACAUGCUAGACAUGCAUCACAAAGAUGUGCUACAGAUGGAGAAUGCGACGUUUAUGCCUCCCACCCUCACCUCAUUGAUGCAGUCCAAAGAUCGCCAAUUUCAAGCCGCACUUAAGAAAGACAAAAUCAGGUGGGAUCAGCGGAUAUCUAAACUCAUCCUCCUUCCUGGUAAAACCUGGAUGAAAGAAGUGGUGAAGGUAUACACUCCAAUGAUAUGGGCGGACAGACACUGGGUUGGGUUAGCGAUCGACCUCCGGGCUGGACAUGUCGACGUACUAGAUUCACUGCCCUCUCUAUACAACGAGGAACGUGUUCAACGAUUUCUCAGGCCCAUCCUCCAGAUGCUCCCCUAUCUCAUCCGCUACGUGGCCAAGAACAACUCCCGUGAUCUAUCUCCUUUUACAUGCCAGCGGAGAACGGGCACAUAUGAAAACUCAAGGUCUGGCGACUGCGGUCCUGUAUGCGCUAAGUUUAUGGAGCUACAUCUUUACGGUGACCCGUAUCCACACAUGAGCGGUCUCACAGAUGGCAUGGUUGACAAGUUCCGCCAACAAUACGCAAUGGAGGCGUAUAAAACCAUUGUCUUACCAGCUUACUACUAGUCUUCUCUCCCUAACUAUAGUUCUACGGAUUAACAAGGCACCUUUUCAUGUUUUUCUACUAAUGUGCCUUCCUAGUUAUCGGAGAACUUAUGUAUUUUCUAUUGUUUUCAAUCCGGCUAGAAACUACUCUGUAACCUUUUGUCAACAAACUAAACUUGCCGGUUGCUUUAGAUCAAAUCGGAAUUUAUCUACUUCUCAUGGUAAGCUUCAUUGUAGUUGUGUUGUACAGUAUACUUUCGUAACCACAUCAACGUGUCCACAAUAUACUUUCGUAACCACAUAAACGUGUUCACAAUACAAACAUGCUCAACAAACCUAACACUCAAAGUUUCAAACUCAGCGUUUAGUACAAUCACCUUUAACCACAACAACCUUCUUCACCAUCACAAACGACAACCACAGUCAUGUCAUCCACAAAGGAACCUUCCAACCUCACUAAACGAUUCUUUAACCAUACGAAAUAAUCUAACCUACCCAACAAUCCUACCCUAAACAAAACGAACCUUCCAACCUUGUUCAUUUAACUAACUUAAUCACAUUUUUCACACAUCCCGUAAAUUUUUUCUGGUCCAUAACCUACUUAACCACAACAGCUUUCUGUACCAUCCAAAACAACAACCACAAUCAUGUCAUCCACAUAGCAACCUUCCCCCCUCACUAAACCAUAAUCUAACCACACGAAAUAAUCACAUUAUUCCCAAACCAUGACAAACACAACCACGAGUACAUCAUCCACACCUCCCGUUAAUUUUUCCUUAGCCAUAACCUCUUUGACCACGAACUUACUGUCCUCCACCCCUCCACUUCUAGCCAGAACAAAUAUGCGACGACCACCAACAUAUCAUCCACGUCCGACACUGCCGGAGAGGGCCGCAACCAUAACCAAUCUAGCCACAUCUUCGCUGACCACCGACCACUUUCACACGUAAUUACGACAACUCCUACCCAGACCACAUAUCCAACGACCACAAUCAAGUCAUCCAAGCCAACGCAUAGUUCAAACCAUUCACCACAACCACACCCUAAACCACCAUUACCACCCUGACAAUGCCCUAACUAACCACGAUAACUACUCCCCUUGCAAACCCUGCUAUCUUCUUAACUUCGUAAUGACAAACAACACACAAACCGAAACACUUUCACGUUAUCCAUAACCAUAACCAACACAGAACUAACACCAACUAACACAAAAGCCUCUUGUUAUACUCACACCAACACAAAUAUUACCCUGAACACAACUUUUCCAACAACGCUACACCCUUGCUCACCAACAACUAAAAAAAACAACUUUAAACAACAGCCAGCCCCUAAACACCAGCAACUCCUACAAACAAACGGUUGCGAAACUAACCACACUCCCACCCACACCCCCUAGAUGUUUUCUUACUAAAAUAUAGAACACUUCCACGACAUCCAUAACCAUAACCAACACAGAUCUAACACCACACGUCGCCAUCCUAACUUGACAUACCUUGUACUCUUAACUAACUUCUCCUAACUUAAUCACAUUUUUUCACAAACCAUGAUAAACGCAACCACAAGCACAUCAUCCACGCAUACACCUUCUGUUAAUUUUUACUUAACCAUAACCUAAUUAGCCGCAACCUUACUAUUUCACGUCAUCCAUAACCAUAACCAACACAGAUCUAACA